AUGAAUUUAAUUGAUUUGCCAGAUCUGAUUAAGAAUAAUAUUAUAAAAUAUCUUCCACAACAAGCAUUAAUUAAUCUUUCUUUGACUAAUUAUAAAUUUUAUAAACCAUGUCAACGUCAAUUAUACAAGAAUAUAACCAUCAUGGUAAAUCCACCAUUACGAUGUAAAUUGAAAAGAGAAUUGGAUUUUCAAGAUUCUACUCAAACUAUGAUUUAUGGAUAUGAAUCUUUUAGGAAUAAACAAACUAAUUUAAGCAUGGUUUAUGCAAGAAUUAUGAUUUUGAUUCAAUCAUUAACUAUAAAUGUUGAAUUAAUGGGAUAUAUUCAACUGAUUUGUGUUAUUGGAGACUUACAAAAAGAUUUUAAUGAUAAUGAUGAUAUUGUCACUGCAUUGGUGAAAUUAGUUGGAAUAUUGCAAGAAUUGGACCGAUUUUAUAUCAGUGAUUAUAAAUUAAGACAAAAACUUGAUUUAUCCAAGUUGAGAUUAAAAUCAUGGAUAGUUGAUGACAUUACGGAGUUAUCAAAUGAUCCGAAGAUAACUGAAUUAUUGAUUGGAGAGAAUAAAGUCAUGAAGAAUUUCGAUGAAUUUGCAUCAAAAUUAACAUCAUUGAUUUUACCUGAUGAUGCCAACAAAUAUUGGGAUUGGAUUAGUACAAAUUUAUUUAAUUCAAAUAACAAAAAUGAUCUUAUCUUACCAAAUGUAACUCGAUUUAAGUUUGUAUUUAAUUUUGAUAUGUCAUUAAAUGCAAGAUUAUUGAAACUAAUAAAUUGGAAUCAACUUAAAGAAUUGGAAUUAAUAUUUGGAUAUAAAGAUAUAAAUGAUGAUGAUUAUGUUAUUGAUUGUCUUAAUAUGAUUCCAAGCACACCAAAUUUGAAAAAAUUAUCAAUUAUUCAAGGUCAAUUAUAUCCAACACAUGAACAAAAUGAAUUAUUUGAUUUAAAUAUAUUCACAUUUUUGGAACAUUUAUUGGCUAUUGCCGAUUUGAAGUAUUUGUCAAUUAAGCAUAAUGUACAUCCUCUUGGAAAUUUACCUGAUGGAAUGGAUGGAUAUUAUAAACGAAGAUGGAAUUUAUUUAUGAUUGUAUUGCCCAAAAUUAUUAAUAAUCAUAAUAUAAUCCUUGUUUUACCAAACUUAUUUCAAACAUUUGCUGGAUAUGAACAACACAUGAAUACUGUUUUAUGGAUUGGGUGUAAAUGUCCUCAUUGUAAGAUAUAUCUUGAAUUAAUUGAUGAAUUUUUAUUAUAUCAUAAGUAUUAUGAUAAAGAUUCCAAAAGAUAUAAGGAUUUAAAUGUACUGCAUUUAUUUAGUGAAAUUGGACAACAGUUAAAUUUAAGGAUGAUACAAGAUGAAUUACUAACUCAAAUGAAUCAUUUGUCAUUUCCUUUGAUUAAUCAUCUUUGGGAUUUCCAUUCAAAUACAAAUAAUCGCCCAUUUAAAUGUUAUGAUAUUCAGACAGUUGAUCAAGGAGAAUAUGAUGAUGAUAAUUAUGAUCCAAAAAUCCCAAUUCGUUGUUUAUUUAAUCAGCAGGUAUAUAAAGGUAUUCCGGAGUCAAUGAGCCAUUAUGUGAAUACACUAGUCACAAAAUUGAUUAAUUUGGAUAGAGGUGAUGCUGAAGCAAGAGAUGUUAAUGAAUUUUUCAAUGAUGGUGGUGAUAUUGAAUACAAGAUUAAUUUAAAAAAAUUAAUAAUUAAUGGAUUUAAUUAUAUUAUAGAUAGAGAAACCAACGGUACUCAUUUUUAUGAGAAUGUAUACGAUUAG